AAGCGAAACUCGGAUAACUUAUUUAACCAACUGACUAACCUAACCUCAUGAGCGACGAAUCACAAAGUGACCAUGGAGGAAACACCAGAUGAAAGAAAGCGCUCGGGUCGGUCCAAGUCAAUUGGUCCCUGCAUAGUCUCCUGUAUCUUCGUCUUCCUCACUCACCUGGUCCUCUCUCUCGUCCCCCGCUUCUUCUCCGCCUCUUCCUUCCUCGCUCAACUCGCCCUCUCGGCCCUGCUGCUUCUCUUCUUUCUGGGUUUUGGCGGAUGGUGCAGAAGGACCCUUCUGAAACGCCGCGCUUCAGCUCCGGCUUUCGUAUUCUUCAACAUUCUCUUCAUUUGGGGGUUUUACAUCUCAGUUAUCAGUCAAGUUAAUCUGUGUGUUGUGCCCGCUGCAGCUGUGUCACUGCUCAACGACGCCGUUUUCAGCUGUGAGGUUGUCUUCCUCCUCAUUGGUCUCUACAGUAUAAUUACGAGUGACCCUGGCUUUGUAACAAAUGGGUUUGCCUCUUCAGACCAAGUUGCGGAGGGUUCAGUUUCUGAAGUUCAUAAUCAUGAGAAGGAGUUGGAGGUUUUAGCAAGUGGUUUAUCUGACGACUCAACUGAAGGUUCUGGUUUGGUUACGAGGGUACGAUAUUGCAGGAUCUGCAAGGCAUACAUAAGGGGUCUUGACCACCAUUGCCCAGCUUUUGGGAACUGUAUAGGACAAAAGAAUCAUCCCCUUUUUCUAGUUCUUCUGUUUGGAUUGAUCAUUACUGAGGCUUCUUAUUUAGUAUGCACAUCACUCUUUGUUGCCAAAUCCGGAAUCUUACAUAGACCUAGCUUGGAGCCUACUCUUUCUGAAAAUUUAACUGUUAGCACAAUUCUGUUCAUCAUUCUCCAGUUGGUAUGGCAGGUGGUGUUUGUGAUAUGGCAUAUAUAUUGUGUAUGCUUCAACAUCAGAACUGAUGAGUGGAUAAACUGGAAGAAGCAUCCAGAGUUCCAACUUCUUGUUCAACCUCAGCCAGGGAAAAACUUCACGAGUAUAAAGUUCAGAAAUCCUUAUGACAAAGGCAUUCGACAGAAUGUCAAGGAGUUUCUAGCGUUAAGAGCCUGACGGUUUCAACGUCUAUUACUCCAGAAGCCUUGCACACUUCUCUGCGUUCCACCCAUUUUUUUAAAAGCAGUCGCUCUUAUCGCUUCUUGCAUAUUCCAGUAUUUGGAGCAACAGAAGUAGGAGGUAUUGAUUUAACGGAAAUAGUUCUUGGUUUUGAAGUUAGUGUCUCAAAGUCCAUUUCAAAAACUGACAGAACGUUGAGUAGGCCGAUUAUAACAUGUCUUGGCUCAUGUAAAUUUACAGCCUGUGUAUGCACUUCUGUGAUUUGCAAGUGUCUUCAUAUUGUUGAA